UUUGAUUAAUCUCAUAUAUAAUAUUUUUGGAAAUAAAUCUGGAAUACAAACGGUCAACUACAGACAGUAAUUUGUGAGUUUGAUUCAAUUCAUAUUUGGUGAUAUUCGUUUCCGUCUUUAGUGCUACCUUUCCAUGAACCAUGCGUACAUGGUGAUGUAUGGUUGAUAGGAUUGUUGCUUGUUUUUAAAUUAUAAAUUGUCUUAACAAAAUUGAUGUUCAGAAAAAAUUGAGUAAGGUUUGAUCUAACCAUCGUUUGCAUUUUGAAUUCGUGUGAAGAAGUUGUAGUUAACAGUUGAAAAUAGCCUGUUCAGUUGUGCUCUGCUGAAAACGAAAAUAGAAAUUCGGGAGACGAUUCUAGAAAGGAUAUUGAAGACUGCCAUUGAAGACCAUGGAUAUUGGAGAGCUUCGUCAAGAUGUUGAAGAAAUGAGAGAUUUGUUGGUAAAAGCCACUCGAUCUCGGGUGAAAGAUAUUAUUGGCGUUGAGCUGAGAAAAUUAGAACAUGAAGUAUCACGACUGGAGAAGGCAGCAGCAAAUCCCGUCUCGUCAACAGAAGUACCACAGAAAAAACCAAGGCCACAAAUCCAAACCCAGACGAUCACUAAUUAUGCUUGGGACCAGUCUGAUAAGUUCAUGAAGAUCUAUGUCACAAUUAAAGGAGUGCAUUCUCUUCCAAAGGAAAGAGUUACCUGUGAAUUUGGUAAGAGGUCGUUCAAAUUACAAGUGGAGGAGGAGGAAAACAAGCGCCGUUCUGAGCUGUACAUAUCCACCCUGCUGGAGGAUAUCAACCCCGAGGAGAGUUGGUACAAGCUGAAAACAGAUACAGUGCUUCUGAUGCUCAAAAAGAGUACCACAGGAAAAACAUGGCCGUAUGUCACCUCUGGUGAAAAGGCAAAGAAAGCCAAAGAGGACAAUGAGAAAAAGCCGAAAAUGGAUGAUGACAAGGACCCUAAUGAUAGCCUGAUGGAAAUGAUGAAGAAGAUGUAUGAUGAAGGGGAUGAUGAUAUGAAGAGGACCAUCGCCCAAGCAUGGACCCAGUCCAAAGACAAAAAGGGUGGCCCCUGAUAAGCCCCAACCCCCUCUUCAACAGACCAAAGUUGAUAGGCAUGUCAAUCAAAUUGCUGUCACUCUAAAACCUAUGAGGAUGAGACUUUCUGAGUAAUCAUUCAUACAUGUCAUCCUGUACAUGUACCAUUGUGUGAUGAAUGUUUUUGCUAUUACAUGUGUAUCACCUUUGAUUCAUAGACAGUAGAUUUGAAGCUAAUAAACUACAAUAUAUUUGGA